ACCAUCUACCUAUACAUAUAUGUCACCAAUCUUGCUCUUCUUCUUCAUACCAAAGAUAACAAUAUUAUCUUCUUCUUUAAUUUCCCUCUCAACUUAAUACCUCAAAAAAAGAAAAGAGUGAAAUAACCAUGAGAACUAUGGUUGAUUUAGGAAAGCAAAGAGGUCAUCAUCCUCAUCACAUGCAAACCAUAAACACUGCGACUACCGUCGACUGCGCUAGUGAACUCCGUCACCGGAGAACUCUCCGUUCAUUCAUCGAAUGCAUGCUCCCAUACUGUUGCACCUACCAACAACCUUCUCCUUCAACCCAAAACGACACCGUUUCAGUCUCUUCCUCUGCUUCAUCAUCAUCUUCCUCUUCAGACCACUCCACCUCCUCUUCCUCCCAUAGUAAUAGCAUAGUUAGUGGAACUUUCUUCGGACACCGUCGUGGAAGAGUCAGUUUCUGUCUCCAGGACGCCGCCGUUGGAUCUUCUCCGCUUCUCCUCCUUGAACUAGCUGUUCCCACGGCAGCCUUAGCCAAAGAGAUGGAUCAAGCAGGUGUUCUACGCAUAGCCCUCGAGUGCGACCGUCGUCGAAGCACAAACAGCAGCAACAGUCGAGUGUCGUCGAUCUUUGACGUUCCUGUGUGGUCCAUGUACUGCAACGGAAGGAAGAUGGGGUCUGCUGUGAGGAGAAAGGUGACGGAGAACGACGCCGUUUUCUUAAAGAUGAUGCAGUCUGUUUCGGUCGGAGCUGGAGCUGUGCCGUUGGAUGAGAAGGAGCAGACGCUUUACCUGAGAGCGAAGUUCGAGCGAGUCACUGGGUCGAGCGACUCUGAAUCGUUUCAUAUGAUGAAUCCUGGUGGUAGUUAUGGACAGGAGCUUAGUAUAUUUCUUUUGAGAUCGUGAGAUUCAGUAUGGUGUGGUUAUAUUAUUAAAAGAUUCUUGUCUUAGCUCAUGUAGAUUGUAAAAUUAAAAAAAACUUCAAAUUUGAAAUUUCAUCUUUUUAUUUGCA